AUGUUAUCUUUAGCUACAAUGACGACAUCAGAGGCUAGUACGCGCCGUCGAGUAAAGCUCUACAUGCUGAAUGAUGAGCGCCAGUGGGAUGAUAAGGGAACAGGUCACGUGUCCGCACUUUACACUGAACAAAACACUAUCGCUCUGGUUGUGAUUUCGGAAAAUGAUGGGUCUUGUCUUCUGGAAUCCAAAAUCCAGCCGGAAACCGCCUAUCAAAAGCAGCAGGAAACACUUAUUGUCUGGUCGGAAGGUGAGAAUAUGGACCUGGCUCUUUCAUUUCAAGAGAAGGCCGGCUGUGAUGAUAUCUGGGAAAAGAUUUGCAACGUACAGGGCAAGGACCCCUCUGUUGAGAUUACUCAAGAUGUCGUGGAUGAAUCAGAUGACACUGAUGAUGUUGAAGCUUAUACAAUAACCUCAAGCCAAUCACUUCAAGCAUUUGAACUUCCUCCUUGCGAACUCGCACGACUGGAAGAAAUUGCAGAGCUGACAAGUGCACAUCCAAAUCCACUUCAGAAACGCGAGCGUCUUGUUACGGCUUUUGAACGCAACAAUUACAUCAGACAGCUGAUUGACCUUUUCCAUAAAGCAGAAGAUUUGGAGGAUAUGACUUCAUUGCACCACUUAUAUGAAAUAUUCCGGCAGUUAAUCCUUUUCAACAAGCAAAUCCUUUACGAGACUCUUUUUUCGGACGACGUGAUCAUGGAUGUAAUAGGCAUUUUGGAGUACAGUCCAGCAGGUCGAACCCGCCACCGUGAUUUUUUGCGAAAUCAGGCUAACUUUAAAGAGGUACUGCCACUCCAUAAUUCAGAGUUGGUGAACAAAAUUCACCAAACAUACCGAGUUCAAUACAUACAGGAUUGUUGCUUGCCCCCUCCCGGUUUAUUUGACGAUCAUACGAUGUCAGCCUUGAAGUCGUUUAUUUCGCUUAACAAAAUGGAAAUUAUAAGUGCCUUGCAGGAGGACGAUGAGUGUAUGCUCCGGUUGUUUACCUGUCUUAAAUCCCCAGAAACAUCUGAUUCUCAUCGACGUGAGUUAGCUCUCUUUGUAAAGGAGUUUUGCAGUCUUUCCGUCCAAACUGAUCAAAAGGAAAAUUUCCUCAACACCUUAUCCGCUCACGGGGCCCUUUCCACUGUGGAAACACUUCUUACCUGCAAUGAUCAUGAUGUUAAAUCGGCUGCUUUGGAAGUUCUUCAAGCGUUUGUUGAAAAUCAACCGUCUGUAAUACGUGAACAUGUGUGUAAGAACAGCGCUAAAAUGAGUCGAGAUGAAAACAUUCUUAUAAAUCUAAUGAUAACGCAGUUGCUAGAAGACCCUGAUCCUGAACUGGGUGACGCCUAUCAAUUGAGUUAUAUGUUGCGAUUUCUCAUUGACCCUGACAAUAUGAACAACACAGCUGGACGGAGUGAGAAGACAGAAUUUCUCAGCUUCUUCUACAAGCGUUGCAUAGGUACAUUAACAAAGCCGCUUUUUGAAAAUACCAUUCAUGAAGUUCCUCUCAAUGAUAAUUAUCACUGCGCGCUGGUACUGAGUAAUGUUCUCGAACUGCUGAUUUUUUGCAUCGAAAGUCACACAUAUCAUAUGAAAAACUAUUGUCUACACCGGGACCUUGUAAAGCGCGUGUUGGUUCUAUUACGUUCAACACACAAGUUCCUGGUUCUGAGUGCAUUAAGGUUAUUACGAAAGGUAGUACAGAUGAAGGAAGAAUUCUACAAUCGAUAUCUGAUUAAAAACAACCUUUUCAAACCAGUGAUUGACCUGUUUGCAGCUAAUGGACAUCGAUAUAACAUGAUCGACUCUGCUAUUAUCGAAUUGUUUGAGUACCUGCACAUGGAGGAUAUAACAUCACUCAUUAAUCAUGUCGUAAAAGAAUACUGGGACGUCCUGUGCGAUAUCACUUAUGUAAAUACUUUUAAAAAACUCAAGGAACGCUUCGAUGCUUCUAAUCGGCCUAGUCGGACUGAUGGGUCUGGCAUUUUCGGACAACAAACUCCAUCCAGCUUACCGCCUCCGAGAGGGUCAGUUGCCUCUCGUUUUGGACGUGGGACGACGGACUUUGACGACGAGGACCAGUGGUUCAACCAGGACGAUGACGAAGAUGAGGAGGACGAGAUAUCAACCACACAACCCCAACCGCAUAACCCGUCUAUUUCUAUCGAGAACAUCCCUCCUCUUAUCUUUCCCUCAUCCACUACCUCGAACUCUCCCCCAUCUCCGAGCAAUGACUCCCCCAAAGGGCUUCACCAUUCGCCUAGUUCGACCACCACUCCACCAUACGCUUUGCUAAUACCUCCUUCAUCUUCUCCCGAUAUCGAAUCUCCCAUUAGCCGUCACCCCACGCUGUCUUCGCAUCCCUUGAUCUCAAUUCACAUCAAAUCCACAUGUCUGGGAGUGACAGGGAAUGAAGCCGGUGAUGAUGAAGAGAAGGUUCUUCCUUCGCCGAGGCAGGCAGCAAAACGAUUUAGUAUAAGCAGCGAGGACGGUGGUAGCAAUGAUGAUGCAGACACUUCACCUACUAGACAUUCCAAAAGACCCUUGCUUGAUGAGCACGUGGAUGACUUUGGUGACACCGAAGGUGAUGUCAGGAACACUUUCCAGGAAGCGAACCAGAACACGGGAGUCUCUGCAAUUUCUGAUGGCACCAGUGGUGGUGGAUUAGUUGGCCUUGUCGACUACUCAGACGAAGAAAGUGACGAAGAUGAAUUAGCAUCGGAGUCUAGCCCGCAAUCCGAAGAAGCAAAGACUGCCUUGUCGUCCGUUUCUGUGUGUGGUAAAACAAGUGAAGACGAGGACCAGCUCAUCACUUCUCCGGGAUCGACACAGACCUGA